UCUUUCACUGUGACCUUCAUUCCAACCCCUCUCCCUUCAAUUCAUCAUCUCGGAAUACGUAUUGUCAAUCAACCUCUUCAAUACAAUGCCGGUUGGCUUCCUGUAAGUUUAAUUUCCAGAUUUUUCUGUUCAAUUUUGUUCUGUGGUAUCUAUCUAUCAGUGUGCAAUAGCUGGAGAGGCAUCGGCAAUCUACUCUACCUCUUUUAUUUUCAUUUCGUAGUAAAGUUUGAAUCUUUUAAGAACUUUAUGGGGAAGUCUGGGGGUAGGAAGAAGAAGGCCGCCGCCGCACAAAACAAAGUUAGCGGUGAUGAAAAUCACUCGCCGCCUGUUGUUAAUGGUGGUGUUAAGUUCGAUUCUUCGGUUCUCUUGAAGAGAGCUCAUGAGCUCAAGGAAGAAGGGAACCGUAGGUUUCAGGCUAAAGAUUUUGUAGGUGCUCUUCUGCAGUAUGAAAAUGCCCUUAAGCUCACCCCCAAAACCCAUCCAGAUCGAGCUGUAUUCCACAGCAAUAGGGCUGCCUGUUUGAUGCAAAUGAAGCCGAUUGAUUACGAGACUGUUGUAUCCGAGUGCAAUCUGGCGCUUCAGGUGCAGCCCAAUUUCGUGCGAGCCCUUCUUAGGAGGGCGCGUGCAUUUGAGGCAAUAGGGAAGUAUGAAGCGGCUAUGAGAGAUGUGCAGUCGUUGUUGGUUUCUGAUCCUAAUAACGUGGAUGCAGUGGAGAUUGCUGGACGGUUGAGGAUGGUGCUUGGCCCUCGACAGGAGGCUCAGCAGGACCUUCAGAGCAGGCCAUCUCCAGCAGCACUAGGUGCCUCUGCAAUCCGUGGGGCGCCAAUUACUGGUCUUGGACCGUGUUUGCCAGCUAGACCUGUACCAAAGAAACCAGUGCCUUCAGCAAAUGUGCCAUCUAAUAAGUCGGAGAAGUUGUAUCCUGUGCCUCCGAUUGAGAAUGGAACUGAGAGCAAGAACCAUUUGCCUAAGGUUGUCUUGAAGCCUUCAAAUGGCUCUUCAAGAUCCAACCCGAAUGCUGGCAAGGAUAAUAACCUUAAGGAACAGUUACCUUCUAGGUCAAUCUUCACUUCAGUUAAUCAGCAAUCUGCAGAGCCUGUGAUACAGUAUCGGCCGCUGAAGCUUGUUUAUGACCAUGACAUAAGGCUUUCACAAAUGCCUGUUAAUUGCAGUCUAAAAGUUUUGAGGGAAAUUGUUGGUAAGCGUUUUCCAAUGUCAAAAGCUGUGCUGAUCAAGUACAAGGACAGUGAUGGGGACUUGGUGACUGUAACAUGUUCAGCUGAGCUUAGACUGGCAGAGUCAACAGUUGACAAUUUGAUUCCAAAAGAUCCUGAUACUGAAAAGGGAGACGCCCCUGCCAUGUUGAAGUUGCAUAUUGUUGAAGUGAGUCUGGAGCAGGAGCCGCCUUUACCAGAAGAUGAGGAGGAGAAUGUAGCAGCUAAAGGAGAUGAGAAUGUGUCGCAAUCUUCUGCUGCUGAAUCUGUUGGAGAAGCUGUGGACUCUGUGAUUAACAGUACUGAGAAAGUUGCUCAGAAGGAUAAGACUGGAGGAACAGAGGAUCCCGAGUGUAAGGAAGUGGAGAUGGAUGAUUGGCUAUUUGAGUUUGCACAGCUGUUCCGGACCCAUGUUGGGAUUGACCCUGAUGCUCAUAUUGAUCUUCAUGAGCUUGGGAUGGAAUUGUGCUCCGAAGCUCUUGAGGAAACAGUGACAAGUGAUGAGGCUCAAAGCCUUUUCGACAAGGCUGCUCUCAAGUUCCAGGAGGUGGUUGCUCUGGCUUUCUUCAACUGGGGAAAUGUUCAUAUGUGUGCAGCAAGGAAAAGAAUGCCUAUUGAUGAAUCGGCUGAUAAGGAAACGAUGAAUGAGCAGCUUCAAAAUGCUUACGAUUGGGUGAAAGACAAGUAUACACUAGCCAAAGAGAAGUACGAAGAGGCUCUACUGAUCAAACCAGACUUCUACGAAGGAUUGUUAGCACUGGGCCAGCAACAAUUUGAAAUGGCUAAACUUCAUUGGUCAUUUGUAUUAGCAAAGAAAGAGGAUUUGUCGAAAUGGGAUCCAACCGAGACCAUUGGUCUCUUUGAUAGUGCAGAAGAAAAGAUGAAAACAGCAACUGCAAUGUGGGAGAAGAUGGAGGAGCAGAGAGCUAAUGAGUUGAAAGAUCCCAGUGCAAACAAGAAGGAUGAACUAUUGAAAAGAAAGAAGAAACAGGGUAGUGGUGCACAAGGUGAUGCCAGUGUAGGGGACAUUUCACCUGAGGAAGCAGCAGAGCAAGCUGCUGUUAUGAGAUCACAAAUUCACUUAUUUUGGGGCAAUAUGCUUUUUGAAAGAUCUCAAAUCGAAUGUAAACUCAACUUACCUGGAUGGGAAAAGAAUCUGGACGUUGCUGUGGGGCGAUUUAAACUUGCUGGCGCUUCUGAGGCCGACAUCGCAACAGUUGUGAAAAAUCACUGCUCCAACGAAGAGGCUGCUGAUGGAAAUGAGAAAAAGACUGAGGAGGAAGUGCCUGCCGGUGUGGUUAACAAAGCAGAUGACUGAAAACUAUGAUAGACGCAGGUUCAUAUUUGUUAACCAUUUUGUGAUGGUUUGGUAUACUCAGUUUGUGGUUCUAGAAUGGAGUCGAAAUUUUAUUUUAGAGCUUCAUCAAGGUUGCCUACCCUGUGCCUGUGGGGUUUAAGCUCCUCUUAUACUUUAAGGUUUCCUGUCAUGUUCCUUAGCUUCUAGACUUGAAAGCUAACCUGAUUUUUGCAAUGAUUUUUGAAGGAAGUUUUGCUUUUGCGAGUAA